AUGACCAAUAGCCCUUUGCCUUUCUUGUUGCUCAUUUUCAUUCUUACGAUCCGAAUGCACACUUCAGCUUUAAUCAUCAAUACCUCUGAGAAACCUAUACUGAAAAUAACCUCAUCAGAUCAAUUUUACUCAAAUCCAAUUGAAGAAAGUAGUCAAUCUACAGAACCACAUUUGGACUUGAUUUCUGGGCUGGUACCCAAGCAGAAUCAAAAAGCUCUUCAAAGAGUCUUUAUUUCGAACUUCUUGGGGAUCUCAAAUCGGCGAUUGCCGGUCUGGAUAUAUCAUAGUCCCAUUUCAUCUCGCAAAUAUAACCAUCAAAAUAAUCAGAACAAUGCCAACUUACCGCAUAAAUUCUCUAACGUGCUACAAAAAAGAGACAAUUCUCAGGAUGACCCAACAGAGACACCAAACACGCUGGAUGAAAAUGUGGUAGCAAAAGAUGAAACAACAGUCCCUGAUCAGCAGGAGGCGACACAAGAUACCAAUCUCAUCUUGACGUCUGGUCAGUCUGACGCACCGGCUCAAGAUUUAUCGCAAGACUCUGAGAUAGCAUCCUCAGCUGAUAGUCUUUCUGAAGGCCAAGAUUCUGCAUUACCCGUGGAUAUGGAUGCAACAUUUGCAGGAUCGAGCAUAUCAGCUGUAGAUCCAUCAGAAGAAUAUUACGAAUCCUGGGAAAUCCAAACAUCAUCAUCACCCGAGAUUCCAUCAAGCACAUCAAAGGACUCAACGACAUCAGAAUCAGACUCUUCUGAGACUUUAGCCCCAGAGUCCGAUGCAGUGAUGAAUACGUUUCCACACAAUCUGGCGAGUGAAACAGUGGUAGAGACCGCUUCGCAAACUCUGGAGACUUUUGAAAAUGAUCCAUCAGAUACCAGUACAACACCACAAUCUCCAACGUUCGAAGUCAACUUUUUCAUAGCAAAGGAACCUACCAAUUUAUCACCAGAAUCUGGUGUAGUGAUAGAACAAUAUCCCAACACUGGUAAAGAUACUUCAGGUGUUUCGAAAAGUGGGGCAAAUCCAACCCGCACCAAACUUGGCAAUCUCACACCAGCCGCUAGCAGUGGGGCAAUUGAAAAUGAUAGCAAAAAAACUGGACUGCCUUGUAAAUCUUGUGGAAAUUUGGAAGAUGUAGAUAAUCUCCCAGGAGGCACUUUGAAAGGUUCAAAGAGCACAAAGAUGCCAUCAAAGUCUAAGGAAGCCACUCCAAGGAUAUCAAGUGGAGAGAUACCAUCAGUAUCAAGUGGCGAGAUACCAUCAAUAUCAAGUGGUGAUACACCAUCUAUAUCAAGUGGUAAUACGCCAUCAAUAUCAAGUGGUAAUACACCACCCAUAUCAAGUGGUAAUACACCAUCAAUCACAAGUGAUGAUACAACAUUUUAUAGUGGAGAUAUACCCAUGGGGGGAUCUGGUUACUUGACACCUCAAAAGAAACCAUCAAAAACAUCAGGCCCAGAAGAGAAAUCUGGCAGUAAGGAUGUAAAGCUUAGUCCAGAAGAUAAUAAUAGUGGACAAACUAUUAGAAAAGAAAAUGACCCAAACAAAUCCAAAGAAGAAAAAGAUAAAAAAGAACGUCAAUCAAGUGCACUUUCAAUCGGUAUCUUUUCAGGUCUAGCAGGAGGUUUAGCUUGUACAAUCUUCUUAGCCAUGAUCAUUUAA